UGUUGUACUAGAUGAAGCAAAUGGUGCGUCCGAGAAGUGUACACGCGAUCCGCGUCUUCGCGAAUUUGUUUUGAUUAUUUCGCGUUUUGAGUUGCAGCUCGGCGGUUCGUGAAAUUGGCGUACAGGACUUUAGAACGCCGUCAAUGAAUUUUUCGGUUUAUCCGUGUAAGUAGUGCCCUCAAGUGUUGCUAAAAAUCCAUUGGAAUAGUGAGCCGGGAAUAAACGUGUGUGCGUGAUUGGCCGUCGAAAUGGAUCCGUCCAAACUAGAUAAAAUGAAAGUGGUGGAGCUGCGUGCCGAACUAGCUGCCCGCGGUUUGGAUACAAAAGGUGUGAAGGCGGUGUUGGUAGACCGCUUGAAGCAGGCUUUGGAAGAUGGGGUCCCAGUAAUUGAAGAGAAUGUCACUGCUGAACGUGAACCCAGUGUACCGCCACCAGGUACACCAGGGGCAGCUGCAACACCAAGCCGACGUUCGCGCAGGACGAGGUCGGUAACGAGAUCCCCGUCUCCUCCGAGACGGCUAGAACAUGCUCUGGACCCGCUGCCCGAAGAGCCGGCACAAGGUGCGGACACUGUGCCUGCACCGGCAUCCAACGACCCGAUAAAGGAGGAUGAAGAUGAAUGUGAACCACCAGCGAAACGUCCUUCGUUGGAGCCCGUUCAACAACAGUUGGAGUCACAGAAAACGCCUGUGAAGGAAAGUGCGCCAGAAACAGAGAAGACAUCUGCGAAAGAAAUUGCGCCAGAACGACAGGAAACACCUGUGAAGGGAACUGCUACAGAAUCACAGAAGACGCCUAUGAAGGAUAGCGCGCCAGAGCCUAUGGAGGAAGAUACGGAAGACAGCGAUAAGAGUUAUACACGAAAUGCGACUAUAGUUGCCGAUGAAGUAGAGAAGGAAGAGGUUCGUCAUGAAGAUAAACCAAAGCCCGUGCAAAGUGAAUUCGAAAUUUUAGAGCAAAAAUCGGAGGACUCCGAGAUUACAUCAGCGCCUGCAGAAGCCAGAUCAGAACCUGAGGGAACGCUUGAGUCGCAGAAAGAGGAGGAAACCAGCAAUACGUUGGAGAAAGUAGCCGCGGAUGAUGUGUCCACUAAGUCGAAUACGGAGGAUUCUAAGAGCAGUCGGAAACUUUCUGCGGAUGAGGAUCGAAGCUCACGUCGACAUAAGCGAUCAUACUCACGUUCUGCAUCUCGUUCGCGAUCAAAAUCACGGUCGUCUCGGUCGCGAUCUCGAUCUAGAUCAAGGUCGCGUUCAAGAUCACGUUCGAGGUCGCGGUCUCGGUCACGAUCGAAGUCUCGUUCACGCUCCAGGUCACGUUCUAAAUCUAAGUCGCCGAAACGACGCAGGACACCGGAAGCCCAAGCGAUUGAAUUUCGCAAUGAGGAAGACGAACCGGUUAUUGAAGACAAGGUGGUCGGCCUCAGUUGGUUCGACUCUGAUUUGCAUUUGGGAAUCGAUCCAGUGGGCUUCACCUCGGCGAAGCCUCUAGCGGCCGAAGCUUUAGGCUUGGCCUGGGCCGGGGCUCGAGCGAAUUUUGGCGUGAAAUCUGGCAAGGUAGCCUACGAAGUGUCGAUCUCAGAGGAAAUCACUAGCACAGCAUUCCGCGGAGAGAAGCAUAUGCAGGGAUUCCGUUGCGGAUUUUCAACUACAGCUUCAGACUUGAUGCUGGGUGAAUCAGAAAACUCCUUCGCUAUUUGCGAAUCUGGGAAGAAAGCGUUAAACGGGCAGUUUGAGGAGUUUGGCAAACCUUUUGGUUUAGACGAUGUAAUCGGUUGCUAUCUGGAUUUGGAUAGUACUCCGUGCAUUGUAGAGUUCUCUCUUAAUGGCGAGAGAUUGGGAGCUGCAUUUGAGUUCGAUAAAUCCACACUUGGAGAUGAUAUUGCACUGUAUCCUCACAUCCUCACUAAAGGCUACGAGUUCAAAGUGAAUUUCGCUGACAGUGAAAAUCUUUUGGCAAACGCUGAACGUCCGAAACGUGAAGCUAAAAGACAAGAAACGACUCCACCGAAACGUAGUCGUUCUCGAAGUGUUGAGAAGUCCAAACCGGGUACCGGAGACAAUGAGGACAAUUGGGAUGAAGACGCAUCUGGAAAGAAAGAAGAGAAUGGUGAAAAACCAAACGCUAUUCCCGCUGAGAAGUCAGAUAUUUCGGACGAAGUAGCUGAUUCAAAUCAGCAGACAGCGGAAAAUAUCAAAGAGACUGAAGACGUUGAUAAUAAAAGUUCAGCUGAGAAACAAUCAGAGUCCGAUGGGGGAGAAAAGCGUGAUGAAUCGCAGGAUGUUGGCAGUGAUCCAGAUCCAUCAUCGCAAGAGGAAAUCCAACCCCGAGAACCAGUGAGUCUCCUCGAGGGGUACGAAUUAAUUGGUCUUGUCACCGAGGAACAUUUGAUAUCGGGGCCGCAGCGACCCGAAAGCCGUAAAGAGUGUGAAGUGAUUCUGAUAGUCGGCUUGCCCAAUUCGGGAAAAACCCACUGGCGAACGAACUAUGUUAAAGAACAUCCUGAGAAACGAUUCACUGUUAUUGGACCAGAUGCACUUAUUGAUAAAAUGAGGGUUGAUGGUAAACCGCGAAAGUCAUGUCAUGUUGGUAAAUGGGAAAAAGUUUAUGAUUUAUGUUUAAAAAGUUUAUCAGUUCUCGAAGACAUUGCCACUAAGAGGCGUCGAAAUUUCAUUCUUGAUCAGAACAAUGUAUUUGCAUCAUGUCAACGCCGUAAAAUGAAAGGUUUCGGAGACUUCAAGCGCAUUGCGGUUAUAUGUGUACCCAGCGAAGAUGAAUUGAAACGGCGCAACGAUUUGAAAAUUGCCGAAGAUGGAAUUGAAUUGGUUAAUGAGUCAACACUAAAUAAAAUGAAAGCGAAUUUCACUUUGCCCUCUGUGGAGUUUGGUUGGUUUGACGAGGUUCGGUAUACCGAUCUCGAAGGAGACGAAGCCAAGGAAGAAGUAAAAAAAUACAUUGAAAAAGGAAAGAAGGCGGUUCAAGCAAUGCAGGCUAAAUACAAGCGACGUCGACACGAUAACUAUCGCCGAGAUGACCGUCGUGGCGGUCGCGACGAUCGUCGCCGCGACGAUUAUCGCUCCCGUUGGAGGGAGGAUAGACGGGGCCGUGGAGGAAACAACCGCUGGGGUGGAUCUCAUGGCGGAGGUGGCGGUGACAAGCGAGGUGGUCAUUGGCGUGAUGAUCGCGGUUAUGGUGGCGGAGGAGGCGGCGGUGGUCGAUAUGAUCGUCGUGACAAUCGUUACUCGAGAGGAGGAGGAGGAGGAGGCGGCGCCGGAGGUGGUUCUUGGGUGCACAACAAUCGCCAGCCUCGCUAUGGCGAAGAUCGUUAUGGAGGUGGAGGCCGGCCUCAACAUUAUGGUGGAGGUGGCGGCGGCGGCGGAGGCGGAGGCGGACGUUAUGGUGGUGGAGAUUAUGGCGGCGGUCGCGACUACCGAGACAGAGGCUAUGAUCGAGAUCGUAAUGGUGGUGGUGGUGGCGGCGGCGGCGCCGGCAGUAGUCGACGUGAAAGUAGCCAUCGCGGUGGAAAUCAACGGGAUUUUCGGGGCGGCCACCGCGACCAUCGUUCCGAAGAUAGUCGCGGUGGCUAUGACCGAUCCUCAUCAAAAUAUUCAAGUGAUGCAGGAUAUGAAUAUAAAGGCAGUCGUUCGGGCAAUUCCAACAGCAAAAGUACAAACAGUAGUAAUACCAGCCAGAACAAUUGGGGAAGUAGCCAACAGCCACAACAACAGCAACAACAACACAUGCAGAGCAAUUGGGCAACAUCGUCGGGUAGUCAUCAGGGACAGAUGCAACAAUCUCAUCAACAGCAACCACAAUCACAACAGCAGUCUAGUUACUGGAACUACGAUAUGUCACAAGCAACAUAUGGCAAUCAGCAGCAGCAGCAACAAUGGUCGAUGAGCAGUGAUCCACGUCAGCAACAACAGUGGAUGAGUUGGUGGCAGCAACAAGGCAAUGUUUCUAUGAAUCCGCAGCAACAACAAUAUUGGUCGCAAUACGCACAGGCUUAUACGCAGGACAACAGCGGAAUGGGAGCUCAUACAUCUGCGUCAAUGACACAAAAAUCGCAAUCGUCAAAUUCGAGGGGCGAUUCAAAAAAUUGAAAAAUUGCGCCAAACGGGCAUUUUGAUUACAAACGCUUAUUUUAAUCGAAAUACUUAUUUUACUUCGCAAGAAACGAAUAGCAGCAGAUAUUAGCGACAGAAAACAGGAAGACGUGCACCGAUAGAAUAGUCUGUUGAUUCAUUGAUCGCCAUUGUUCUCGUGUUGUUUAUUUUUUGACUUCUUCUCAACUCCUAUUAGUUUAAUAACCUCGAGAUAUUUUAACCUUGAAGUUCCUCGAGAUAUUUUAACCUUGAAAAUACACAAAGAACAUUUCGAGUUGGGCAACCAACGUGUUGGCGGGAUAAAGCCUGCGACAAAAAUGCGUUUAGCGUCACUGCACAUAUUUCAUUCUGCUGAAUGAACACAUUAGCAUACAAUUGGCUAGUUUCACACUUUGGUUGUUUUAAAUUUUUACUAUUCCCAGUUGUUUUAUGAUUUGUAUGAAUGGACGAUUUGUCUUACUUUUUAGUUCCAAUUUAUCUAGUUCUAUUUUAUUCAAAGAUUCUAUUAUUAUUCUUAUAAUUAAUAUAUUUGGUUACAGUUUGAAUUUAAAUUAAAAAAAAUCUAAUUGUAUCUAAGGAUUCACUAGAAUACCUUUUCACCGCUAGAAAUAACACUGUUUUCCGACUUUUUUUCAUCAAUAUGAAGUUUGUGAACAAGUAAACAGCUGGUACCUUAGAAAUUUCAAUUUUGCUGAGCAUAAGAAAUUAUGAAGUGAGAUUUGAGAUUUCCUUUUUCUCAAAUCGACAAAAGUUACACUAAUCAUAAUGAUAAUGUAAAAUAAUAUCUACCAAUAGUUUUGAAAGAUACUACUACAUACUUAGAUUUAAUAAAUAAAAUUGGAAAAGAA